AUGUACGCGUUGUCCCGAAUGUACUUCAUUAAUUCCUUGGGUGAGAUUUGAUUAUUCAAAAAAAAACUCAGAAAAAAAUUGAGAAAAAUGCUGUUUCUGAUGUUUAACUUUUGAUUUAUUGCAGAGUUUCUGAGUUCUUGUCUUUCGACCAAGUGUGUCAACGGGGGGAUCUGCGCCAACGUAACAGGAGGCCAUCGUUGCGAAUGUGCGGCUCCCUAUCACGGUCCCUUCUGCCAAUGUCAGUUUUUUGAAGUGUUCAGAAACGAAAAAUUUGGGAACAUUCCUAAUAAUCUUUGGGGGUACCGAUCCAAAAAAUAUCUGAAAAUAACUGCUUUAUCGAGAUAAUUUACAUCGUUUUUAUUCUAAUCCUAUUAUUCCAGUUGAUGGCAAUGAGCACACAUACGAGUGGAGUUCGAUCGAAGUGACAGUUUUCCUAUUUGUCAUCGUGAUGGUUUUAUGUGCUGUGGCAGUCGUUUGUUGCGCGUAAGUUCAAUUAAAUUUCAAAAAUAUUCAAGAUUUUUCUGACCGUUUUUUUUUUCGCCAUGGAAAAUUCUUCUGGCAGCUUAGAUUAGUAAAAUGUUUCGCCAUUUUUCUUCGAAAAUUUUUUUUUAACACCGAAAAUCCGUAGAAUGGAAGUUCGAGGUAGAAUAAUGAAAAAAUCAUUUUUGGUCAAAAAUUCAAACUUGAAAAAAUGAUUCCAGAAGAUGCGUGAACAUUCAUCAGAAUAUUUUUUUAUUCGAUUCAAUUCAAGUCAACUCAGAGUUUUUUUCAGUUCUUCUUCACGGAUGGGAUUUUAUAUCAGUGUCCCCAACAAACUUUACAACAGGUUUUGGAAAAAAUGGUCAAGUCUCAACAUUUUUUUUCCAUUUUCAGAUGGGAAGAAGAAGAAGAGUUGUGCGACGAAAGUGAGCCAGGAGAGUACCUACCCAUGGCUAACGUUAAUAAGUACGGGGUGGUUACUUUUCAAGUUCAUCUUCAUUUUCAGAGGGAUCGUGACGUCACGAACACGGGAAACAGUUAUUGACGAUUAUGAGGAAUCUUCGAUCCUGCAACUUUGA